AUGAAGCUGACACUAAUGGAAGAGGUUCUGCUGCUCGGACUCAAGGACAGAGAGGGCUACACCUCAUUCUGGAAUGACUGCAUAUCCUCGGGGCUGCGAGGGUGCAUGUUGGUAGAGCUGGCCCUCAGAGGACGUAUUGAGCUGGAGAAGACUGGCAUGAGGAGGAGAGGGCUUCUCUCAAGAAAGGUCAUCUGUAAAAACGCCACUCCGACUGGCGACGUUCUGUUGGAUGAAGCUCUGAAACACAUCAAGGAGACUAGUCCCCCCGACAACGUGCAGAGCUGGAUAGAACUCCUGAGUGGAGAGACAUGGAACCCUCUGAACCUCCGCUACCAGAUCCGCAAUGUGAGAGAGAGGAUCGCCAAGAACCUGGCGGAGAAGGGGGUCCUCACGACAGAGAAACAGAACUUUGUGCUGUUUGAUAUGACAACGCAUCCUCUCACAGACACCACUGCCAAACAGCGGCUGGUGAAACGUGUGCAGGAGUCUGUUCUGUCUCGCUGGGUCAAUGAAUCAAACCGCAUGGACCGCAGAACUCUGGCUCUUAUUGUGCUGGCCCAUGCCUCCGACGUCCUGGAGAAUGCAUUUGCAUCGCUGCAGGACGAGGAGUAUGACCUUGCAAUGAAGAGGGUCCGGGAACUGCUGGACGCUGAUCCUGACGUGGAGGCACAGAAACCAGGCGCCAGUGACAUCAUUUGGGCCGUAGCUUCGGCAUUCUUGAAGUAGACUCUAUUUAGAGCCCACUUUCCAUACACAUUCUUGUCCUCUCUGUAAAAGUUGUACCACACCUGUUACUAUGGUAACACGUGCUCUGCCAGCAGCAGGGUACACGUUGGAAUACAACUGUUUUUGUUUAUUCAUAAAAAUGAUGAUGCUAUUGUGAAAGGUG